CCUUCUUCACAACUCACGAGAGAGAGAGAGAGAGAGAGACGCAGAAAGCGUUUCUCUCCUCUGCAUCUUUAUUAUUCUCUUCAAAUACAACACUCCACUCCACUAUGUAUUCGCCACCAGCGCCCUCUUCUUCUUUCAACCUCAUUCUGUUCUUUACCCCAUAAUUAGGAUGCGAACACACCCCACAUUCAGCCCGAUUUCUGUCAUUUCCCUCCCCUCUCUCUUUGUUCCCAAGCCCGGAAAAUGAAAUAAUGCCGAGAAGCUGGGAUUUUCCUUCUUGUUUCGAUCUGUUUUCUCUUUGUCGACUAAUAAAAACAGGGGAUUGGGACUCUAUCCCCACCCCCCAUGUCACUCCAACUGUUUCCAGAGCUAUUCCGUUGCUUCAUCUGUUUCCUUUUGAUUCUUUGAAUUGAGGGAACCCACACACAAACAAUGAAUUUAUUGACGCAUUCGAGUUUCGUUCUAAUUCUUAUGAUUUCAUUGAUUUCAUUCAUAUUUUAGUUCCUUAUUUUUGUUUUUAUCCGCUAAGUCCUAAUACCAGACCCGUUAAGGAAUCACUGGGAUUUCCAUUCUUCCCUUGGAAAUAUUUACAUGAAUCAGUGAAGCAAUGAGAGAUGGAAAUUCAAAGAAAAGCAAGCUUUCAUGGACCAAGACAUUAUUCAGGAAGUGGCUGAAUAUCAAGGGUAAAUCAGAAGAUUUCGAGGCAGACGAUAGUGUUUGCGGUGGCCAUGAAAAAUGGAGGAACAGCCAUCCGGAGGAGGCAUGCGCCACCAAGAAAAGUCGAACAGAGGGAUCAAGCAGGAGGAGUUUUGAAGGAAUCCUCCAACGUAGUUUUGAAUUUGAUGCUCCACAGACCAACGACACGAGCAAUUACAGAAUAUUUGUAGCAACUUGGAAUGUUGCUGGAAAAUCUCCUCCUAAUCAUUUAAGUCUGGAUGAUUGGCUUCCGAGCUCAACUCCUGCAGAUGUAUACGUUCUUGGUUUUCAGGAAAUUGUUCCUCUAAAUGCUGGCAAUGUGUUGGGAACAGAAGACAACGGCCCAGCUAAAAAAUGGCUUGCUCUUAUUAGAAAGACUCUGAAUACUCUUCCUGGCACUGGUGAUGGUGCUCGUUAUCACGCAUCUUCCCCGCUCCAUGAUUUAUUCACCAAUAUGGAUGCCGAUUUUGAUGUAUCAACAAAGCAGAAGGCUUUGCCGUUCUUCCAUCGACCCUCAUUUCAGUUCUCCAGUCAUAGCAUGAGAAUGGACAAUAACAUUUCUACACAAAAAACCCAAUUUGAUCGACGAUUUAGCGAUUUUGAUCAGGUUAUGUUUGGGCAUAGGCCAAGUGAUUAUGAUCCACAUUGCAGGUGGGGUUCAUCUGAUGAAGAGAUUGAACAGGGUGACUCUCCAUUUGUCUCCCACUAUUCUCCUAUUUCCCACUGUGGUUCCUUCUCCAUAGAUGAUAGGGAUAGACAAGCUGGGCGCUCAAAGUAUUGUUUAGUUGCCAGUAAACAAAUGGUCGGUAUAUUUCUUACCGUGUGGGUGAAAAGCGAUCUCAGGGACAACGUCCGAAACUUGAGAAUUUCUUGUGUAGGGAGAGGAUUGAUGGGGUAUCUUGGAAAUAAGGGAGCAAUCUCAAUUAGCAUGUCAUUACACCAAACAAGCUUCUGCUUCAUUUGUAGUCACUUAUCCUCCGGGCAGAAGGAGGGCGAUGAGCAUAGGAGGAAUGCUGACGUUAUGGAGAUACUGAAGAAAACUAGGUUCCCCAGAAUUAGUGGCAUGGAAGAUGAGCUCUCCCCUCAAACAGUUCUUGAGCAUGAUCGGAUUAUCUGGCUGGGUGAUUUGAAUUAUAGGAUUGCCUUGUCUUAUUUGUCUGCAAAAGCUCUUGUCGAGAUGCAUAACUGGAAAGCGCUGCUGGAAAAUGAUCAGCUGAGGAUAGAACAAAGAUGUGGACGCGUCUUUGAAGGAUGGAAAGAAGGGAAAAUCUGCUUCCCCCCGACCUACAAGUAUUCCUAUAACUCAGAUAGAUACUCGGGAGAUGCUAGGUACCCAAAAGAGAAGCGUAGGACUCCUGCUUGGUGCGAUCGAAUACUGUGGUACGGUAGGGGUCUGAAUCAAUUGUCUUAUGUUCGUGGAGAGUCGAGAUUCUCAGACCAUAGACCAGUUUGCAGUGUGUUUUUGGCUGAGGUCGAGUCCCUAACUCCUAGCUGGAUAAAGAAGGGUCUGAAUUAUUCCAGUACCAAGAUUGAAGCUGAAGAGCUAUUGCCAAAACACGAAUGGUUAUUCGGGACAUAAUUUCUUGGGCUGAUCUUCAGGACGCACAAAACUUCAAAAGAAAAGACAGUUUGAAGGGGGGAUCCAAAUUGUUCCUGUAAGGUGGGCACUGCCAAAAGUCUUCUUUGUCUCCAUAAUUAUGGAGGUGUUUCUAAUGCCUAGAAUCCAAAAAAGAAGGUAAAACUCACGUUGAUCUUUCUCAACUGAGCUUUACUUCAUGACUUCAACUGGCCCAAACAUGAUAUCUGUAGCAAGGACAAAUGAAGGAAGAGAGAGGGGACAAGUCCUUCAUGUCUAAAUCAUUUGCAGUCCCUUUGGAAUGAAAGUUCUCUUUGGGGGAAGGAAGGGUUGUAGAGAUAAUAUCAGAGCUUCACACAAUUAGGACACUUUUUCCUGUUUUCUUCUGUCACAAAUAUUCUAUUAUUAUGCAAAAUAGAAAAGAAAAAAGAAUAUGUACAGAUGGCAACAAACUGCAACUGAAAGUGGGGAAUAAAAAA